UGACGAACAAGUGUUCAAAGGCAUCAAAAGCAUAAUCGGAGGACACUUUCUUGGCACUUGGGCCACGCUGUCGGAUGUUGACCCCAAGGUUCGCGAACUAUGGUGGAACCUGUUCAAGGCUCGCUAUCGUUGGACUCACGCAAACGGUGCCGAUAUUCUUAAAGCCUACAAUGCUAGGAUUUCGACCUGGCUUCGCGCCACUUUUAAACGUGCGCGAAAAAGUGGGAAAAAGCCUAGAUGGGUUUCGGAUGAAGUGUGGUCCAACCUUUGUCUCCACUGGUCUUCUGAUCCGAAAUUCUUGGCUAGAAGUGAAUCCGGUAAGAAAAACCGGAUGUCCGAGAAGGCCUUGGAGAUGCAGUGGCACGGAGGUCGUAAAUCUCAGAAUGCCCAUAAGGAAACUCUUGCUGGUCCUGAGAAGAAGAGGGUUGAUGUUCUCCGGCUCGUCAAGCAUUGCUGGACGAAGCACGGCGAGGAAUCUGAAGCCGAUUUGCCACCCCGCCUCGCUGACUUCGAAACGAAGUACAACGAAUCCGUUGACAGGCAGCGUGCGGCACGAGGCUUGACCCAGGAGGACGACCUCGAUUCCGAUGCGGAUGAUGAGGCGGCCAUUGAGGCGGCCGGGGUUUACAAGGGCCGGGUUCCGUGCUUGGGGUCCGAGGGGCAACGGAUUUUGUAUGAUCGAAGCACCGGUGCUUCCUCUUCUCGGUCAAGGCGGGGAGAAGAUCCUCGUAUUGCUACACUGCAGCGUGAACUGGAGGAGCACGAACGGCGAUGGGAGGAGCAGCGGAAAGCAGAUGAGGCCACAAAAGCUCGGUUGGAGGAGAUGGAACGGUUCAUGCGUGCCGGAUUCCAGCCUCCGCCACAGCCUUUUCCUCCCCCGUACGUAUUCCACCCUGAGCAAACUCCUCAAGUUCAGCACAUGGGCGGUAUGGGAUUUUUCCCCACCUCCGGAUACGGUGGCAUGCCGAUGAUCUCCCCGAAUUUCGGAUAUAUGUCCUUUGACUUUGCGAGAUCAUCCGGAGGAGGUAGUGGCACCCCGGGUCAUGGAUCCCGAGGAGCACCCCGAGGAGGACCCCGAGGAGCACCCCGAGGAGGAACCCGACCUGACCCCGAAGACCCCCCCGUGAACCCAGUUGAGUUUCUUGUUGAUGAUGAUGAUGAUGAAGAAGAAGAAGAAGAAAAUCCCAAUUUUUAUAAUAAUGGAGUCCC